AUGAAAGGACGACUCGUUUGUCUGUUCUGUUACUUUGUGUUGCCAAGUGUUGUUCAGGGAGUUGGAUGUGAGUAAUUAGAGGCUUUUUUGGUUACAGUAAUUAUGGGUUUCAAUACUGGUAUGUUGGUAAAUCUUGCACUGUGCAAUCAGGAUGCCAGCGACAGCCUAAGAAAUUCUGCUGCACGGUGCAAAAAGCAAGAGAUUGCACAGUGCAAAAAGAACUUUUGUUUUCGCACAGUGCAUGUCGCAGAAAUCACUCCAGCGACGUUCACUAUGCAGAAAAGGUUGGGGUGCGAGUGCGUUGCUGAUUUUCACCAAAAAAUCCGAACUGUCCACAUUUUUGAACACACCCCCAUUUCGAAAAUUGAGAAAAAUUAGGCGUGACAUUUUAUACGAUGAAGAAAAUUUUCAAAUGUGAACACAUUGCAACCACCUUGGCUUGCUGGUCAACCAAUUCUGCAACCUUGAAUAUAAAUAUUGGCCCUAUAGCCGAUCUGCCCCAAAAGAAAUCAAAUGAAGGUGUGCAAAAAAAAUUUUCAAUUUGUUCCAAAAGGGGUGGUGUUCAUUCAAGGGGGAGUGUUCAAAAAGGGGGAGAGUUCGGGCUCAAUCGUGCUAGCGACGUUCCAAAGAACCGUAAAGUCGCUGGAGUGAUUUUUGGCUCUUGCACUGCAGAAAAAGUCAGGUUGCAGCACCUGCCCAAAAAUAUAUAGCACGGUGCAAAAAGCCACAAAUUGCACGGCGCAAAGAGAACUUUUGUUUUCGCUUGAGUGAAAUUUGAGCCCCUCACCUAGGAUAAAUCUUCUGCAGAAGCUUCUGUAAAGACCUGUAAUACUAAAUUUAUGACAUUUCAGUCAAAAAUUUUGCUGAUGACGUCUUCAUAAAGAAGGAUUUGGAUGAAAUCUCUAACAAGUCAACGAUCAUUGCCAAGCUCUUGAGGACCGUUGUUCCUGUAAGCAAGGAGUAAUAGCGACUUUUUAACCAUUGCUAAAAAAUUUUUUGUUAAUAAAAUACUCUUCCGCAUGAAAUCUUUUUUUUUUCAAUUUAGAGCCCUAGGGCGUUCCAGCCGUCUCAAGAGCAAAUUCAACAAGAAUUGACAGACCUACUGGAAGUCAUCGGCAGGCAAAGGUUGGCUCUCAUUGAAACCAACGACUAUUUGCAGUCAAAAGUUGGGUACAAUAAGGUAAAAUUUACUGAAUUUUUAUUUUGAGGUUGUUAUCGUUUUGAUAUUAUUAUUGUAGCAUUAAAAGAAAAAAUUUUUUAGGACGUGAACGACAAGAUCCGCUAUUUUGAUGGGUUGUUGAAUGGUGAUUUUAAAAGAAUUACAAGUAAUGUUAACCUUUUUUUCAGCGUUAUCUUACGAUUUUACCAUUCCGGGAUUCCAGCGGCUGAAGGAGAAGUGUCAACAUGUGGAUGAAAGGCCUUAUUCGUUGUUCAAUGUGAGUAAAACUCUUUAUUUUUUUCACAAUGAAAAUAUCUACACUCCAUUUCAAAAUGAUAGACACGCCUAUAAAAUCUGCAAUUGCGGCGUCGACGUGCAGUUGACGGAUACGAAAUCUUUACAGAUUGAAAGAGGAGGUUUGAAAACCUAUACCAAAAAAUUAUUUUUCUUAUUGCACUGCAAUUGCACUUUGCACAAAAGAUUUUCCAAAUUUUGGGUGUUUCAAAAAGAUAGACACGGUUGCUAUUUUCGCUAAAAACUUGCGAGUAUGUACCCUAUAGGGCCUGAAAUUAUUAGUAUGACUGUAUUGCAACUGUCUGGACUUCACCGAGCUCAAAAUGCCCAAAUUUUUGUUCAAUUUUCUCGGAAUUGCACAUAUACUUCCAUUUUUUGCAAUCUGACCUGCAUCUGUCAGAAGUCCACUUUCCAUGGGUACAGACAGUGCAGAGGCGACCUAUGGUAUGUAAUGGACUAGAUCUAGUCAGUUUUCAGUGUUAUGCAACAAAGAAAUGCGUAUAAAUUGCAACAAAAACUGAUUCCGCUGCGACAUGGUCAGCUUUGAAGGCUACCCUACGUUUCGAAACAAGCUAGAUGCGAAGAAAAACUUCAUGAGUGGAAUGUUUAGGUUCUUAUAAAAACGUUUAGAUCGGUAGCAUGUGCAGCUUUGCUUCAGCGGGUCCGCAGAGCACCAUUAUUUUAUGAAUCUAAGCGAAAUAGGCUUAAAAAUGGGUCAAAAACGGCGUUUUGGAAACUUGACCUUUUCUGGCGUUGGUCCGACGGAACCUGGACAUAAGGCUUAUGUAAUAACGUUUGUCUGUGGUUUGUCAAGAUAGUUCAGAGCUUUUUGGGUUGUGCAAACCACAGGCACCCGCUGGAGAAGCUUUAAAAGUGACGACUAUCGUUGCGAAAUCAGUUUUCGUUGCAAUUUCCACGCAUUUUUUUGUUGCAUACCAGUGAAAACUGACUGGAUUUGGUCCAUUACAUACCACAGGUCGCAUCUGCACUGCCUGUGCCCAUGGAAAGUGGACUUCUGACAGAUGCAGGCCAGAUUGCACAAAAUGGAAGUAUGUGUGCAAUUCCGGGAAAAUUGCAAAAAAAAUCGGGCGUUUUGAAUUCAAUAAAGUCCAGACAGUUGCAAUAUAGUCAUACUAAUAAUUUCAGGCCCUAUAGGGUACAUACUCGCAAGUUUUUAGCGAAAAUAGCAACCGUGUCUAUCUUUUUGAAACACCCAAAAUUUGGAAAAUCUUUUGUGCAAAGUGCAAUUGCAGUGCAACAAGAAAAAUAAUUUUUUGGUAUAGGUUUUCAAACCUCCUCUUUCAAUCUGUAAAGGUUUCGUAUCCGUCAACUGCACGUCGACGCCGCAAUUGCAGAUUUUAUAAGCGUGUCUAUCAUUUUGAAAUGGAGUGUACAAGAAUAUUUUUAGCAAGUCCGAACAAUGCUCUUGUCAGUUUGCCACUCUGAUAUAAUCCAGGCCGAAAACGAAAGUAAGAAUUUUGUGAUGACUUUUGACGGGUAAUAAAAAAAUUGAUCAGAAGUCUUUUUUCGCCUCCCGACUUUUCUGGUCGACGACAUUUUGGGUCAAAAUAAAAUCGAUCAAUUCAUGGUCUAGGACAGGCGGAGAGCCAAAAAAAAAGUUGCAGUAAGUGCCUACAAGAGCAGGCAAAGCUGAAGAAAGCUUGAUGGAAGCUCGGUAAAGACCCAACUUAGACUUGGCGAAGAUUUCAGUUUCGCGACAAAGAUACAGUGGGGGACUUGAUCCAGUGGCAAAAAACAUGCCAUUUUGCAUCCAGGAAGUAUCAAAAAUGUGGCAAAAUGCUUCCUUCUCCAAGUGAAAAAACUCCGAUUUCAAAAGCGCGCCCGUUCUUUUUGUGAGGGAACCCUUCAACAGGGAGUUUUUUUUUCACUUGGAGAGGGAAGCAUUUUGCCACAUUUUUGAUACCUCCCACAGCGUUCCGAACAUUUUUUCCGCCGCCGAUCGGUGUCGAAAAAAGGAAAAAAUGAAAAGUAGUGCUUACAAGUCGGUGCAUAUUUGGCUAGCCACAAUAGAUGUAACUAAACUAAAAAGUGGUUGUUAGACUAUAAGAGAUUGCCAUUCCACGUAUACAAACUACAUCAUCAUACCUUAUGUUAAUGUUGAGAAAAUGAUGAUCGAAAAUUAUCAAAAAUUCAACCUUCAGGUAAAAAUAACUGUUCCUUCCAACCCUUAGGCACACAAUUUUUUUUCUUCGAUCGUGUGCAGAAUUUCAAGAGCUACAACAUAGACAGAAUCAAUAAUUUUCCCUUAAUCUUAGUUAUGGUUGAAAAGGGCCUAAUUUUGGCCGUUUUUGCACUUUUUUUUACUUAUUUGCACUUCAAGAUUAAAAAGUGAAGAUAUUCUAUAUAAAACGGAUUGUCAUGAUCAUUGUGGUCAUCCAUGCCAAAUUUCAACUUUUUCUGACACUCCAGAGUCGUUGAAUACGAACUUGAAUAUGGAACCCAAGUGUACUAUUUCUGUUGAAUAAAAUCACGUUAAGCGCUCCAAAAUCACUUCUUGAGCGAAAAUAUGUUGUAUACAUACACUCUGUGCAUACUUUUUGUCAUCAAGCCAAAAUAUAUCUUUUUCAUUUCGAAAGUUGAAUUCAACAGGCAAUUCUGACCAAUGCCAAAGUGUGAGCUAGCAAACACUUACUGGAAUUACCCGUAAAGCUGAGUUUGGCCUUUGUAAUCGCGACCUAAGAUUCAUUGCGACCAGAAGUGCUGCAAUUAAUGCCAGCCAAGGAUUUCAUUACCGUUUUCUUACAAAGUUGAAGAUACGAAGUUUCCAUGUUGACGUUCGUAUUCAACGACUCUGGAGUGUCAGAAAAAGUUGAAAUUUGGCAUGGAUGACCACAAUGAUCAUGACAAUCCGUUUUAUAUAGAAUAUCUUCACUUUUUAAUCUUGAAGUGCAAAUAAGUAAAAAAAAGUGCAAAAACGGCCAAAAUUAGGCCCUUUUCAACCAUAACUAAGAUUAAGGGAAAAUUAUUGAUUCUGUCUAUGUUGUAGCUCUUGAAAUUCUGCACACGAUCGAAGAAAAAAAAUUGUGUGCCUAAGGGUUGGAAGGAACAGUUAUUUUUACCUGAAGGUUGAAUUUUUGAUAAUUUUCGAUCAUCAUUUUCUCAACAUUAACAUAAGGUAUGAUGAUGUAGUUUGUAUACGUGGAAUGGCAAUCUCUUAUAGUCUAACAACCACUUUUUAGUUUAGUUACAUCUAUUGUGGCUAGCCAAAUAUGCACCGACUUGUAAGCACUACUUUUCAUUUUUUCCUUUUUUCGACACCGAUCGGCGGCGGAAAAAAUGUUCGGAACGCUAUGCCUCCCGGAUACAAAAUGGUACAUUUUAUGCCACUGGAUCAGGUCCCCCACUGUACAAGGUGAAAAAAAUAAAUUUUUUUUUGGAAACGUUACUCCUUGCAGUAGAAAUAGGCAUGAAACUUAGUAUGCCAAAAUCCGAAAAAAAACUGUCGUUUUUUGCCGACUUUUGACCUGAAAAUCUCAGUCGUUUCUGCAAAGCGCUCUCUGCGAGUCUAGCAUGUCUUAUAAAGGAAUGUUAUAAAUUUGUGCCUACAGUGAGGGGCCUGAUCCAGUGGCAAAAAACGUACCAUUUUGCCUUCAGGAAGUAUCAAAAAUGUGGCAAAAUGCUUCUUUCUCCAAGUGAAAAAUAAAAAAAACCGCGCCCGCUCUUUUGUGAGGGAAAGGGCGCGCCUUUCAAAACGAAGUUUUUUCACUUGGAGAGGGAAGCAUUUUGCCACAUUUUUGAUGCUUCCCGGAUGAAAAAUUGUAUGUUUUUUUGCCACUGGAAUUUUUCAAAUCCGAGCGUCGCACUUGGGUACUUUCUCUGUAAAAUUUUCAGGCAUUGGUUAGGUCUGGUAUGGGAAGGGUAAAUGUCGAAUCUAGUGAGAAUAAUAUCAUUUUUUAACAUUUUUUUACAUUUAAACUGCCGUUCCAGAAAUCAGAAAGACAGUCGACAACAUCCACCGGCAAAUUGUGCAGUAUUUCCCGGAGAGCGCGGAAGAGCAGCGAAUUGUCAACAAAAUGUUGAGCGAAGGUAUGUAUGCAUUACAUACGUCGACUUUUUCGUCGGCCAUGAACGUAGCUACAGUUGGUAAAAAGCUACAGAAGGUGUUUGCAGCUACGUUCAUCAACAAGUGCUUCAGCUAACAAAAAAUUUUUAUUUCAGAACUAGGAGAAGCGGAGGACCCGAUAUUCUUCCUUGACUCCUUAUUGAACGGUAAGCAUCUCCAAUCUCAAAAUACAGUAUGACAAAGCGCUCUUCAGACCUGUUGAACAACACAUCGAUGCUGAAGGGUGAUUUUGUGGCGGCGAUCAAGAAGUCGCGCGUCAAUUCGGGAUUCCGGCCGGGGUAUGUUUGGACAAGCCUAAAAAACAACGGAUUACAGUGGCGGACCUGAUCCACUGGCAAAAAACGUAUCAUUUUGCAUCCGGGAAGUAUUAAAAAUGCAGCAAAAUACCUCCCUCUCCAAGUGAAACACUCCGAUUUCAAAAGCGCGCCCACUCUUUUUGUGAGGAUGCCCUUCAAAACAAGGUUUUUUAGCUGGAGAGGGAGGCAUUUUGCCAUAUUUUUGAAACCUCCCGAAUGCAAAAUGGUACGUUUUUGCCACUGGAUCAGGUCCCUCACUGUAAUUACUCCAUUGGCCGAGAACUCUAUGAAAAUUUGCUUUCAGUUGCAUUUUGAAGUCGCUUGGAGUGGAAUUGAAGUACGAGAGGUUCAAGUUUGCAAGAGAAGUCAACGUUUUCCGGCAUGACUUGAUCAAAUUGGUACGUUCGACCCAAAAUUUUGCAUGUAUAAAUUUUUGGCCAUUGGGAAUCCAAUCCUCCAAAAAUUAAGUUUCUCAGAUUACGGUAACAGUAUACUGCAAUUCGGUCGAUAAAAAUCGACGGCAACUUUUCUCCUAGGAGCAUUCGGCAAGUAGAAAAAAACGGAUUUCUGCUAAAUUUUACUUGCUCUUUCAUAAUAUCAAAGUCUCAUUUGCGGAUCCCACGGACAGUUGAGACCAUUUCCUUGUGAGACUUUGGUAGGGGAAGGCUCACUUGUCUCAGCUCGAUUAUAAAUUUAACAUUUGGUGGUGGAACUGAUCCAGUGGCAAAAAACGUGUCAUUUUGCAUCCGGGAAGUAUUAAAAGUAUAGCAAAAUGCCUCCCUCUCCAAGUGAAACACUCCAAUUUUUAAAGCGAGCCCUUCAAAACAGAGCCUUUUUAGUUAGAAAGGGAGGCAUUUUGCCACAUUUUUUUGAUAAUUCAUGAAUGCAAAAUGUAUAUUUUUUGCCACUGGAUUAGGUCCAUGUAAGGAGAAAUACUUUAGGUUGCGGAUCACACAAUAUGCCUUGGUGCCCUUGGAACUCCAGGUAAACUUAUUUACUUGCAACUAAAGAGUGUAAUAUCCGCAUUUUAGAGAACAAGAUGGCCGAUGAAAGGAAACAACUGGCUGAGUUGGUCGAUAAAAUCGAAGAAAACGUCCUCCACUACAAGGAGUUGAUGUUGGUGCGUUUUUUUUCAUUUUUAUACAUUAAAAUAAGGUUAUAAACAAUGAUGAUUUUGCAGGAGCGAUUCUGGAUUCACGGAAUCUCAGAAGUGGACUAUUCAGGUAAAGUUUUAACAAACUUUCAGCCGCUUUAUCAUAAAUCAUCAUUUUCAGAUGUAACGAUAGAUCGAGGGGACCUAAAUAAAACCGCAGCGGACUUGAAAGCAAAUAUAGAGCGAUAUGGCAAUGCUGACGUUCGAUAUUCAGUAAUCUCCUAUUUGAAUCGACCCGAACAGGUUGGUUCGAGUGUCUCUUGAUGACAGAGGAAGUACUCCGAUUUUUAAGCCAAAAGAUGACAAAAAUGCAACACUUUUUUGCGACGUGUGGCACGAAAAGUUUCAUGGCUAUUUCUAACAGGGAAGUACUCCAAGUGCGACGCUCAGAUUUUGAGGAAACUUGGCAUAUUUUUUUGACAUGAAAAGUUUCAUACUUGUUUCUACCGUAGAGGGUAAUGAUUCCACAAAAAAUUAAUUUUUUUCUUGCGAAACUGGCAAAGUUAUGGCCAAAAAGUGUUUUUUUUUGUCUGACCGCUCUCCGCGUUUCGCGUACUUUCUCAAAGAUCGUUGAAUAUUUCGGGGGCGCCUCCAAAGCGCGAGCUAAAACUUUCAGGUAUUAAUAUGUCAUCUAUUCCCAAUAUACAGAAUUUUAAAAAAAUUUGAGCGUCGCACUUGGAGUACUUAGCUUUUGAAUAUAAAAUUCAUAUUGCAAAUAUUGUUAGGAGCCACAUUUUUUUCAGAUCGGCCAUCCCCCGUCAACCUUUAAUCUUGAUUGUCCACCAACCCGAUGCUUCCUGGAGACCUUGGGAGGGGUUUCGUUUCUGGUGAUCCGAAACCCGGCCAGCCAGGAUCCACAGAUUUACCGGCGAGCCAGGGAGUGGUAUCAAAGAAAUGAAGACGAAAUUAGAAAACGGAUCGAGUAAGUGAGAGAUUGCACAGAAAAAAAUCUCCCUUUUUUGGCUAAAAAUAUCAACGUGGAUACUUUUUGAUACCUUUUAUAUGUCUUAUGGACACUUUUUGAGACCUUUUUUAUAUCUCAUGGAUAUUGUUUGAUACCUUUUGUGUGUCUCGUGGGUACUUUUUGAUACCUUUUAUAUGCCUCAUGGACACUUUUUGAGACCUUUUUUAUGUCUCAUGUAUAUUGUUUGAUACCGUUUGUACGUCUCAUGAAUACUUUUUGAGACCUUUUGUAUGCCUCAUGAAUACUUUUUGAUACCUUUUCUAUGUCUUGUGGAUACUUUUUGAUACCUUUUUAAUGUCUCAUGGAUACUUUUUGCUACUUUUUGUAUGUCUUAUGGAUACUUUUUGAUACCUUCUGUAUGUCUCAUGGAUACUUUUUGAUCCCCAAACUUAACCAAACCCCAUUUUGGCCAUUUUCCUUUCUCCAAUGUUAAAAAUUUCAGUGUUCUUGUAUGUAUCAUGGACACUUUUUGAUACCUUUUGUAUGUCUCAUGGACACUUUUUGAUCCCCAAACCUAACUAAAUCCCAUUUAGCCCUUUUCCUUUCUCCAUUAUUCAAAAUUUCAGUGAAAAAUCGACUCAUUACUUUGCCUUCUCCAUCGUGGACAACAUUCAGUCCUCCGUUGACUUGAAAUCCUCGCCAUUUGCGGGUACUCUGCUCUUGAGAUUCUAUGGCUUCGGCAAAGUCGAGCUCCCAACAGGAAUCGCGCUGGUGAAUAGCAACUCCGUAGAAUGCGUGUAUUACGAAUGGAACACGUUCUUCCCGAAGAAAGAUGAGGUCAUCAAGUUCUUUCUCAUCGUAUAA